GUCUGCCUAAAAAGCUGUGCACCCGCGCCUCUCCGUCCCCCGACUCCCCCGGGCCCCCCCCCUUGCUCGCCGGACCUUGACAUUCUGACAUUGUACCUCAAUAAGGUCAGUCUCAAUGUCACUUUUUCCCUUGGCCCCUCGCCCCGUGGCACCCCCUUGGCACGCCGCACUCGACCCGAACCACGCCUCGUUCGUUUCUUUCCUACUUAGGUAAGGGAUAUCGAAACACAUGUUCCGGGAACGGGGAAAUCCACUAGGUAUUCAGUAACCCCAUCAUCAUCUGCAUCAUCGCCCCUUACGUACCUUACAGAAAGAAAAUAAGGAAGGAAGGAGGGGCACGGCCGCACGGGGGAAAGGGAGGGGGGAAACUGCAAGGGAUGCUAAUGACGGACUUGGUGUUACUGUGGACGGCGGGCCUGAGCUUGCGCCUGGGAGGUACGGGAACCAAUACAGGGGACGCAGCGAAAGAGACAGACAUACCCAUAGAGAGAGACAGAAACACAACCAAGAGUCAAGUCUGUCAGCGUCAGCGUCAGCGCCGUCGCGAGGGAAGCACCAAAACGCAAACCAAAAGAAGCCAAAGCGGCGUCAGACCCGGGUGUCACAAGUCCGCCCGGGAAUUGGGGGAAGAGAAACGUACUGGUAGAAUACCUCGCUGACUUAGACACUUUUAACACCUUACCUUGGAGUGCAGCAGUGUACUUUGUACCUGGUCUGAUGACCCGGACAAGCAGAAAAAAGAGAGCGAGACCAAGCUUUUUUG